AUAAGGGGUACGUGAUUGUCCAAAGCGUAUACACACGCGCUAUACCAUCGCGGCCGGAUCAAUGCGAGGAAACUGGUGUUUUACAUUCCGGAGAAAUUCACCUGUUAAAGAUGGAAUUGUUUACAGCUCUGAGUUUAUUCAGCCGACAAAAGUACGAAGCGUGUACUGCGAUAUGUACGGAUCUCCUGCGGAAGAAUCCAUUGGAUCAGGCUGUGUGGGUGUUGAAGAUGCGCGCUUUGACGUUGCAAGUCUAUGUAGACGACAUCGAGGGCGAAGAGGAAGGUAUCGCGGAGACUCUGUUAGAUAACUACGCGAUAUCGUCAAUGCCGAGGCCAGGAACCUCGCUGAAGAAUCCUGGUACCAGCUACACCGGUCAAGGAGUGCGGCCAAAGUCUCAAUCUGGUAGACCUGUUACCGGAGUAGUGCGGCCCGCCACUCAGGCAGCGAUGUCCCAAUCGAUCGAGCAGGCGUUGAGAACACCGAGAACAGCGAUGACCGCCAGGCCAAUCACAGCGAGUUCAGGACGCAGCGUCAGGCUUGGUACCGCGUCGAUGCUGACGGAGCCUGGUGGGCCCUUCAUCCAGCUAUCGCGGCUGAAUGUGACCAAAUAUGCUAGCCAGCAGAGCAUAGCUAAGCCGUUGUUCGAGUAUAUAUACUAUCACGAGAACGAUGCGAGAUACGCGCUAGACUUGGCCGUUCAGGCGACACAGAUCUGUCAAUACAAAGACUGGUGGUGGAAGGUCCAGCUGGGCAAGUGUUAUUACACCCUGGGAUUAGUAAGAGAUGCGGAGCAACAGUUCAAGUCGGCAUUGAAGGACCACAGAGCCGUCGAGACGGUCCUGAGGCUAAUCAGAGUCUACGUCAGGCUAGAUCAGCCGUUGGCCGCGUUAGACACGUGCAAGAGAGGUCUUGAUUAUUUCACCAACGACGUAACGAUUCUCACGGAGAUGGGUCGCAUAUUCGAGGGUUUAAACAACAUGUCGAUGUCCAUGAAGUAUUAUAAAAUAAUCGCGCAAGAGGACGCCUCUCAUACCGAGGCGAUAGCUAGUAUAGGCAUGCAUCACUUUUACAACGAUCAGCCGGAGUUGGCGUUGCGUUAUUACAGGCGUCUCCUGCAAAUGGGCGUGCACAACGCCGAAUUGUUCAACAAUCUCGGGCUCUGCUGCUUCUACGCUCAGCAGUACGAUCAUACUAUAUCGUGCUUUGAGAGAGCGCUGAGUCUCGCUACCGAUGAGAACGUAGCCGAUGUGUGGUACAACAUUUCUCACAUUGCUAUCACUCUGGGCGACCUGAUAAUGGCCGAGGAAUGCUUAAGGCUGGCCAUCGCGGCCGACAAUAGGCACGCUCUAGCUUACAAUAAUCUCGGUGUGAUAGAGGUGCGGAAUGGCAACAUUACGGCGGCGAGGACCUACUUCCAUGCGGCUGCUAACAUCGCCGGUUACGUGUACGAAGCGCACUUCAAUAGCGCCCACUUGGCUUACGAGAUCUGUUCGCACACAUGUACAGGUUGGAGAUUUGCAGACCAGUUACAACGCGGUACAAAAGUCGUUGAGCACCUAUCCAGGGCAUUACGACAGCAAGAUUCUCUUGCGGAAGCUGCAACGAUAUUUCUCGCACAUAUGAGAAAAACAACGAGAGAAAUGUUCCUUACUCUACACCGCAUUACUUUAUUUAACGUGUAACAUAUUUAAACGCAAUUCUAUAUACAUAAUAUACAUGUACAAAACGGUACAGAAAUUGUUACAAAUUUCUACAUUGUCCAUACAUACGUCUGAAAUUGAAAAAAUGGUAAUCAAAAGUGAAAUUUGAUACGAAAUAUGAUGAUCGUUAAAGUUCACGGAAGUACAGAAAUCGAUAUGCAAAUGUAGCAAUCUAGAUAAUAAUGAUGAGAUUGUCCGUUACAUCUAACACCGUCUUUUCUUAUCAAGUCUGUAUAAAUAUAUACCAAUCUGAUGGUUUUUCUCACCGGAUGAGAAAAAGUAUAUUUUUGUACCGAUAAUAAUUUAGCUGGAUUGUAUAUAACCUCAGAAGUUUUCACAAUAUUUAAUUACAGAUCUGGUAAUUGACAUUAUCGAAUAAUAUUCUAAGGAGAUAAUAAAUACUCGGUCACACUAUA